AUGGACCCUACUCCGAUUCUUCGCUCAAAAAAGUUGGAAAACGGGCCAGAUCCAGUUUUGGGAACCACCAAACUCGCAGUAAAUCCACUGAAAGCACCUGAAUACGACCGAAGACAGGGAGGGGUAUGUCUCCCCAAUAUCCCCACUUUCUCCAGCACGCUGCCUACUUUCCUCUUUCGCGGAGACCUGGAGACAGCUGGAGAUGCGGAUUUCCCACACAAAGAUUGAGUGUUGCAGAAGGGUCCCCAGAUUUGAGGAAACAAGCAGAAUCUUUGUUAGAUUAA